AUGGGUCAAGUAACUGAGUUGGGUUGGAACUGGGUUGCAAACCCCAGGCGCCACGCACCUCCCUGGGCGGCACCAGCAAAGCCGCCUCCUGUCGCCAACCCAGCGAAUGGAGACACAGCUGGUGCUGCCGCAGAUAACUGGGCAGCAGCCCCAAACGCAGGGGCACCUGAAAUGUUUCGCGUCUGCCCGAACGCGCCCAGAGCGAAGCCUGUCCCUGAGCUGGGAGAGGUUUGGGCAGCAGCAGGGGCAGCAGCAGCUCCGAAGGGGGAGGAGGGGGAGGCAGGGAAGGCAAAGGGACCAGCAGUAGUGCCAAAGGGGCGAGGGGCGACUGGAGAGGGAGUGCCGAGAGAAGAGGGAGCACCGAAGGGGGAGGAGGAGGCAGGGGAGGAGGAUGAAGCGGCAGGGAGUGCGAAGGAGGCCGGUGCAAAGAGAUUAGGAGAGGUGCUGUUGGCGCCAAAGGCAGGCUGGGAGGCUGGCGAGAAGGCAGAGGCAGAGGCGGGAGAGGCGAAGGAAGGGGCGCCGAAAGGAGAGCCUCCAAAGGGGUUGGCAGGGGUGGUGGAGGGGCGGGGAGCAGAGGAGCAAAAUCCCAGCGAGGCAAAGGCGCCUGCAGCACUGGUGGGUGGUGACCUGGGCGGCUGGAAGGGAGAGGGGGUGGAGAGAGGGGCUGUUGGCAAGGCAGGGGCGGGGGAGGAGGGGGCGAAUGGGGAUGACUGGGAGGCGAAGGGAGAGGUGAAGGAUGGGAAGGCAACGGCUGGGGCAGCAGCAGAAGCUGUGGCUGCUGUUGCUGCUGCUGCUGGUGUGGUGGCUGCUGCUGGGGAGGAAGUGGGUGAUGGGGUGGUGGAGGGAGCAGCAGCAGAAGAGGCAGCACUAGAGGGGCCAACAGCAGCAGCGGAGGUGGGGGUGACAGCGGCAGGAGCACCAGCGGAAGGAGGGGUGAGUGGUUUGGAGGAGAAGAGGGGCGUGGUGGUGGAGAAGAGCGGAGGGCGGGAGGCAGGUGCAGGGGCAGAGGAGAACGGGGAGGAGAAGGAAGGGAGAGCAGAGGAGAAGCCAGAGAGGGGAGAGGAUGGGGUGGGGGAGGGUGCUGCAGCAGCAGCGGAUGCUCCUGAUGGGGCUGCGGCUGUAGCAUUCGCACUCAGCUUAACAGCAGAGGCAGCAGCAGAGGCAGCGGUUUCUGAUGCUGCUGUGGCUGUGCCUGUGCUGGCAGCACUGGCAGCACUGGUGACGGCGGCAGCAGUAGAAGUAGUGGCAGGCGGAGUGGCAGUGGGUGCCUUGGCGGGCUGUUUGGGAAGCUGGAAGGGAUUGCUGGCCUGGGAGAAUGGUGAGGCGGACGAAAAUGGGGAGACGGAGGAGAAAGGGGAGGUUGAGGAGAAUGGUGAGGGAGAGGAGGAGAAGGGGGAGGAGGAGAAGGGAGUUGAAGAGAACGGGGAGGCACUUGCAGUGGUGGUGAAGGGGGAUGGCUUGGUGGCCGGUGCAGUGAAGGGCGAGGGAGAGGAGGAGGGGGAGGAGAAGGGAGAGGAGAAUGAGGAGGUGGAUUGUGAGGAGGAAGCAAAGCCGAAGGGAGAGGUGGAGGGUGGCUUGGAGGCAGCUGAGAGAGAGGGAGCGGCGAGAGUAGAGGAUGCUGAUGCUGCCCCUGCCAAUGCUGCCCCUGCUGUUGGCUGCGAGGAGACGGGUGAGGGGCUGAAGAGGGAUGGAAAUGGGGACGUGGUGGGCUUGGCAGUUGUUGAGAAGAGAGGGGAAGCACUGCCAGCACCAGCAGUACUUGCCCCUCCUGCUCCCCCUGCCAUGCCUGCUGCUGUUGCUGCUGGCUUCUUCCCGGCUCUUUGGCUUUCGGCCUCAGCUUCAUUCUGGGUGCUGCAGGUGAGCGUGUGGCAGGCACACGUGCUGGUUGUGCUCGUGCUGUUGGUGCCGGUGCUUCAGUACGGCCUGGGCGGGGGAAGCGGGGAGAAGGGAGACAGACGGAAUGCAGACAAGAGAGGGAGAAGGGUUGGCUGGCUUGGCAGGGUUGUAGCAGCGGUGCAUGGAUGCAUGAGCUUGUGA